UCCGCUGUUCCCAUUGGCUCACGCAGCCGUUCAGUCCCCAGUGUAGCAGGGCGUCUUCUCUCUGCUCACUUUUAGUUUUAUACUAAUAUUUUAUGAAACAGUGUUGGAAACAUUUGGACUAAAGGCGCCAUUUUAAGUGUUCGCUUUCAUGGAUUUCACCGCCUGAUCUCAUUAACACCGACCGAAGAAGAAGGAGAGGGGCGCCGGUAAAGCUGUCAGCUGAUCCCGGGACUCACAUUCAUCCUGUCUGGAUAUGAACGCAGAGAUUAGCUUCACUUUAGCUCCAGUUUUACUGCAGUAGAUCGAGAGUGGAGCUGCAUCACCACUGUGUUAGACAGACAGACAGACACCUGGCUGCAGGGUCCAGAUGGGGAACAGUGCACUGAAGUCUCACCUGGAAACCUCCCAGAAGACUGGGGUGUUCCAGCUGACAGCGAAGGGACUGCAGGAGUUUCCUGAGGAGCUGCAGAGACUCACCGCUAACCUGCGGACAGUUGACCUGUCAGGGAACAAGAUCGAGGUUCUUCCUGCCAGCAUUGGAAACUUCCUGCAGCUCAAGAGUCUGACACUGAACUCCAACAGACUCACCAGUGUUCCCAGUGAAAUCGGAAAGCUGAAGAAGCUGGAGACUCUGAGUCUGAAUGGGAACCGGAUCCAGCAGCUGCCCCCGACUCUGAACCAGCUCAAAGCCCUGCGGACCCUCAGCCUGUCUGGGAACCAGAUCUCUGAGUUCCCCGCAGGACUUGGAGCCCUGAGGCACCUGGACCUGCUGGACCUGUCCCGCAACCAGAUCCAGAACGUCCCCGCAGCCGUGUCAGAGCUGCAGGCCAUCGAGAUCAACCUCAACCAGAACCAGAUCUCGAUGCUGUCAGAGGAGGUGUCCAAGUGUCCCCGUCUGAAGGUCCUCCGUCUGGAGGAGAACUGUCUGGAGCUGUCGUCCAUCCCCCAGUCCAUCCUGAGGGACUCGCAGGUGUCUCUGUUCUCUGUGGAGGGAAACCUGUUUGAGGUGAAGACCCUCAGAGACCUGGAGGGCUACGACAAGUACAUGGAGCGUUUCACAGCCACCAAGAAGAAGUUCGCCUGAAGACAUUCGAUGACGAGUCUUAACGUCAGAGCCCAACCUGGAGGCGGGGUCAGCUGAGACUCCGCCCACCACCACCCCUGCUGCUGCUUCUUCUGCUGCAACAAACAAACAGUAAUAAUGGACCUCAUACAGCCGGGACUGUCCUCCUUACAACACCACCCCUCUACCCCCACCCUCGCCUUCUGCUGCUGCUGCUGGAUGAAGAACGGACCUGCUGCUUCCUGUCUGACUCAUUUAACCUGCAGACAGACAGACAGGUGGACAGACAUGGCGGUCUCUGGGAGUUUCACACGGAAACAGACGACAUGAAGAAACAGAUUUAACACGGGAGGAGGAGGAGGAGGAGGAGGAGGAGAUGAAGGUGGUGAACCUUCACUGUGUUUCCAGUUGACAGCAGAGACUCAGGGACGCGUUCACGUUAACACAACGUUCACUAACGUUCACUCUGAUGUUUGUCUCUUUAAUUUAUUGUCUCCUUUAACCGUUAACUUCCUCUGAAUAUAAACACAAACAUUUAGGCACAAACAUUUCAUCAGUUGGGAAUAAAAACACAAACUCUGAUGUUUAGAGACUGAACAGAGUUUCUUAAAGUCGAGGACACAGAGGAGUUUAAUGAUGAUGAUGAUGAUGAUGAAUGUAAGCUAAUUCCCAACAUGCUGUUUGCCUUAUUUAAGUUGGAAACAUCUUCAUCAUUACAUCUCUGUGAAACAUGUGGAGCCCGUUUCCACCAGGAAAACAGAUGAUUUAGAGCUGAAAGGAUGAAUUAAAGUCAAUAUUUAAGCAACAACGCAACAAAAAACAAACUGUUUUCUGAUAUGACUCUCUGCUGGUUUCACAGUCGGGUUUUUGACUGUUGGUCGGACGUGAAGACGUCACUUUGGACUUUUUUUCCAGCUUUUACACCAUUAAUCAAUAAUUAGCAGAUGAAUUUGAAAAUAAUCAGUACUUAGGAAAACUACUUGAUAAUUCAGAGUAAAAAUAAAGAGAGAAUUUAACUUUGUGAAUAGAAGCAGAUAAAAUCAUCUUUUAGUGUAUUUAAUUGUAGUUUGCAGCAUCUAUAAAUAGUGCCAUAUAGCAUGUUUUCUGGAAAAUCAAGUCUGACAAAGUAGUUAAACAAACUCUGAUUAUUGAUCCACUUAUUUAACAUCAUGGAAAAAACACGCUAAUGUUAUCGUCUUCCUUCAUGUUGCUUUUAUUAAUAAUUGAACAUUUUUCAUGUGAAACAAAAACACAUGAAGAAGAAGCAGCUCUGAAUGUGACUCACACAGUCGAUGUGUUUGAGAGGAGUUAGGGAUGCACGAUAACAUCGGCACGUCAUCUUUAGCGGCUUUAAAAUGAACAAUCAGAAUCGGCCAACAUGGUUUUUCUUGUUUUGCACAAUGACUGAAUAUUACAGACACUAAAAAGUAUUUCACGUCUCCAUCUGCUGGUGGGCCGUCACGAUAAGAGCAUGUAUGUAUGAUAUGAUGUUAAUUCCACUACAGAGGAGACUUGAUGAUCACUAAAUUAGGUGUGGAAAAAUAGUGGAUAUAUUGAUAUUGGUUAUCAGCCAAAUGAGUUGUUAUAUAUUGGCAAAAAAUCCAAUAUUGUGGCCCGAGAGGAAUUGAUUGUAUAUAAUCUAUAAGAGGUUUUAUUCUUGUUUCUCAAACAACAGGUUUAUUUCUUUAGCUGUGAAGAAUAUCUAUAAUUCAAAAUUUAGUGUUUUUGUUGCAUGUUUUUGCAAAAACCAGAAAAGAUUUCCAUACGAUGAACGUCGUUCACGUGACUCAUGUUUGAGUUAAAGUAAAAAAAUAUAUAUAUUGUGAAGACAGAGCAGGAGGACUGUUGGAAUAUAUUAGAUUUUUCCUCCAGUUUGUUCUCCUCCUGGUGGAAACGAGCUCCUGCAGAGACGUUUGAGCGUCUGAAUCCUGAAUUUAAACUGAAACAGCAUUAAUAUUUAAUUUAUUAAAAUCCUUCUGAGAGCAGACGCACAAACACAACAUCACUUUCUCUGCUGGUGUUUAAUAUAAUUUCUUUCUGUGUUUUAUUCUUUCAUGUUUCUGGAUUUGAGACGAAGGUUUGUAAAGUUUCUGCUUCAGUGUGAAACCGCUGAUGAGUUUGUUUCAUCUGAUCUCAGCUCAGUUUGACACUUAUAAUGUGAAUAAUGAGCAGAGUUGAGUGAAGAGGAAGAAGAGGACGUUAGUGUCAGAGAAUUGAAGGAAUUUAUAGUUUUUAUGGAGGAUUACAAAUUACUUAAGUAUCAAUAAAUAAUUAAAUAUAAGUUACAGGAAUAAAUCCAUGAGUAUAGAAAUAAUACAUUUAAUUCAGAAAUAAAUGUUGAAUUUAACAGCAUGCAAAAAAUAAAUGUCUUAAAUUAAUUUCUGUUUUUUAAAAGAUAUAUCUGUGUGUCUGUGUCUGAGAGGACGGAGAUCAUAAUGUCUGUGUUUAUUGAAUUAUUUAUGCAUUUAUUUUUUCUGUAUUAAUGGAUUUGUUCCUGUAAUUAUUUAUUGAUACUUGUGUCAUUUUUAAGACUUUUAAUCGUGUAUCAACAUUCUGGGAUCAUUUCACAUUAACACACACACGUUAAAGUUUUAUUGACCAUGUUGGGA